AUUCGAUUGGUCGUCAUUGAAUCGUGCGACAAUAUAAUUUUUCAACCAUUUAUGAUAAUGAUACAAAAGAACGAUCGUAAUCCUUAAAUAAUCGGUUUUCUAAAUAAAAUUCUUCGUAAAAGACGUGGUUUUUAUUCGUAAUGUGUAUGUGAGUGAUUUGAAAGAUAUGGAAUAUAGUUAACAUUGACUGUCAAGCAAGAAAAAUAAUAGCAGUGGCCUCCAAACUUGUAAUGGAAUCUUAUUUCAUAGCGACUUCCAAACGAAAGAAAUCGGCUUUGGAGGGCUACAAGUGACUUAUGUUGUUGUUAAACUAGUUCGUGAAUACGUCGGUUGAUCGGUGAACGCUGGUCGACGUUUUAUAUGCGCGUAACGGUGACAUGAGCACGAAUAAGAGGCGCGGAGGAGCUAGCAGUUGUGCCGUGCCCGGGGUGCCCGCGCUGGCCGUGCCCACCGUACCCACCGCCAUGUCGGCCGACCUCGCGUCGCUGUUUGAAUGCCCCGUGUGCUUCGACUAUGUUCUCCCGCCCAUUCUGCAGUGCCAGAGCGGGCACUUGGUGUGCUCGAGCUGCCGACCCAAGCUGUCGUGCUGCCCGACGUGCCGCGGGCCCCUCGGCAACAUUCGCAACCUCGCCAUGGAGAAAGUUGCUAGCAAUGUAAUGUUCCCCUGCAAACACUCCAACACCGGCUGUACCGUGACCCUGGUUCAUACCGAGAAGGCUGAGCAUGAGGAAGCCUGUGAGUUCAGACCCUACUCCUGCCCCUGUCCCGGGGCCUCCUGCAAAUGGCAGGGUGGCCUCGAUCAAGUGAUGCCUCACCUUAUGAUGUCACACAAAAGCAUCACAACCCUACAAGGCGAAGACAUAGUUUUUCUGGCUACCGACAUAAACCUUCCUGGAGCAGUAGAUUGGGUGAUGAUGCAGUCAUGCUUUAAUCAUCACUUCAUGUUAGUUCUGGAAAAGCAGGAGAAGUUUGAUGGGCAUCAGCAAUUCUUUGCUAUAGUGCAGCUUAUAGGUUCUAGGAAGGAGGCGGAGAACUUCGCAUACAGGUUAGAGCUGAACGGCCACCGUCGUAGACUCACCUGGGAAGCGAUGCCACGCUCCAUACAUGAAGGUGUCUCCUCUGCUAUCAUGAACUCUGACUGCCUCGUCUUUGACACAUCACUGGCCCAACUAUUUGCUGACAAUGGAAACCUUGGCAUAAAUGUCACAAUAUCUAUUGCCUAAAAUUAAUAUUGCCACAUUAGAAGUAGAAAGCUGCCAGAAAAAUUUCAUUGGCUAUAAAGAAUAAUCUAAUUAUAUUUAAAAUGUCAGUGAAAUAGGAGCGUAAAAGAUCUCUUAUGAA